GAUCGAAGGCUAACCAAGUCAGGGAACCAUCAAAUCUCCAGAAGAAGAAACCUGCUCCUGGGCUCGAACUCCAAAUCGGAGAUCUCGGGCGGCGCCGGAGAGAUGGGGGCGGAAGUCGACGCACUGUACGAGAUCGGUCGCCAUGCGUCAGGAUCCCACGAAAUCCCUCGUGAAGGAGAUGAAACCGCUCGCUCGAGCGGUGGCAGUUCAGGUGAAGGAGGAGGCGUCCUUUCGUAUCUCUCCUUCCAAGGCGUAAGCAAGCUCAGGGAGAGGUGGACUAGGUACAGCACUCUUGGGGGGAGUAAGCGAAGGAAGAGGGAAAAUGCAGCAUCCUUGUUCGUCUCGCGGAAUGCUGAGUAUGUCGCUGUAGCUAUUGGGAACCGCAUCUAUAUCUUGAGAAAGAGCGACGGCUAUGAAUCACCCUGCGGCAUAUAUACAAAUAAUAAUAGAAUGACCUCUUUUACAAAUGGGGCCUGGCUGGAGGACCAAGGCAUUUUUGGUGUGGUUGAUGAUUCAAGCUCACUGUGUCUGAUAAAAGAAAAUGGAGAUAUGUUAACUAGGAGAACAAGCAAUCAGUUGAAGCUAUCUUCUCCUAUCAUUGAUUUGCUUGUGCAGGAUGCUUCAAGUUCACAAAGGGGUUUCUACAUUUUUACUACUGAUUGCAAGGUCCAUAAAUUUGAUUACACUCAAGAACCAGAGGCAACUUUAUAUCAAGUUUCUAUAGUGACUAAAGACAUGCCGUCAACUAGGUCUCCUCAGUUACCUCAGAGUUUGUCGUGUGUUGAUUAUCAUCAAGAUCAUUCAUUGGUGGUCCUAGUUGGAGAUUCCGGUCUCUCGUCAAGCUCCAAUGGCUGUUCCGGAGCAUAUUUUCUAUAUCUAUUGCAUUUCGAUGGAUAUCUGGAACUUAGACUUUCAUUCCAGAGUGUGCAGUUGGAAGGGGUGUUUUCACCUCCUACUGAUAGAAAAACCUUGCUCCCACUUCCAAAAGUCAGAAUUUCACCUCAGGGCAAGUGUAUUGCUACGUUGGAUUUUAAUGGUUCUGUCAAUAUCUUUGUGCUCGAUGGUAAUAUGCGCUCUGUUUCGCUUCAUCCUCACGGGAGUGGUGCUGGAACCCACCUGAUUGGUGUGAAGGAUAUCAGUUGGUGGACAGAUAAUAUUAUCAUAAUAGUAAAGGAAGAUGGUAAGAUUAGCAUGUACAAUAUUGAUGAGGAUAUGGUGGUUUCAAAAGGUGACCUUGUUUUAUCUACACCACUGUUGGAAAAGGCAAAGGCUAUUGAAGGGUAUGCAUUUGUUUUGCAAUCUAGCAGACAAAUGGAUAGUAUUCCUGGGGAUCAUCAACACACUGAGAUGGAUAAAAUAUUCUGGAGUCUCGUAUCAUUCUCCAAAGUUACAGUACUGGAGAUGUACUCCGUUCUCAUCAGGAAGAAUCGACAAAAGGAGGCUUUGGAGUUUGCCUCCCAGUAUAAUCUAGAUAAGGAUGACGUGCUUAAAGCAUGCUGGCUGCACUCUGCUGGAGAUAUUCAUGAUAUACAGUCAUACUUGAUGAACAUCAAAGACCAAGCAUUUGUAUUGUCAGAAUGUGUGAAUAAAGUUGGACCUACAGAAGCGGCUUUGAAAGCCCUAUUUUCUUUUGGCUUUCGUAUAACAGACCGUUACAAGUUUUCGGAGCCAGAUAAUAGUGGUGAUGGCUCAGUAUGGGAGAGUCGUAUCAUUAGGCUUCGUUUAUUGUGGUACAAUGACUUGCUGGAGACAUUCUUGGGAAUUAAUAUGGGAAGGUUCUCAGCUGGCGAAUAUAGCAAGUUCCGUUUGGCACCCCUUGUUGAUACUGCUAUUGCUUUAGCUGAAAGUGGCAAAAUCGGAGCCCUUAAUCUUCUCAUGAAGCGCCAUCCAUAUACUAUCUCUUCUGACAUUUUACGUGUUCUGUCUGCGAUUCCAGAGACUAUUGCUGUACAGACUUAUAGUCAGUUGCUUCCUGGGAAAUAUCCUCCUAGUAUUGUAAUAUUAAGAGAUGGUGAUUGGGUUGAAUGCAAACAGAUGGCAUCAUAUAUAAACAUUUCUCCUGCUCAAUUGGACAAGAGGGGACAGGUCGAAACAGAAAUACUUAUAAAGCACUCAACUGGUUUCUUAUGGCCAUCUGUCUCUGAACUUUCGGAGUGGUACAGGAGCCGAGCUAGGGACAUUGACUGCCUAAGUGGACAGCUGGAAAAUUGUCUUGCCAUGAUAGAGCUUGCAUGUCAAAAGGGAAUAGUGGAGCUGCAGUCAUUCCUUGAUGAUAUGAAAUACCUCUACCAAGUUGUAUAUUCUGAUGAGUCGAAUGAGUUUAUAAUGAACCUUGCAACCUGGGAAGAUUUGCCUGACUAUCAAAAGUUUAAAAUCAUCCUGAAAGGAGCCAAAGAUGAUACAGUUGUUCAGCGAUUAAAUGAUAUGGCUAUCCCUUUUAUGAAUAAGAGAUUGCGCUUGAUCUCGUCAAGUAAUGCUGACAAACAAGAAGAAUCCUACCUGACUAGAUGGAUGAAAGAGGUUGCUACUGAAAAUGAGCUGUCCAUUUGCUUGUCUGUUAUUGAAAAUGGCUGUGGGGAGUCACCAAUUUGUGGGCUCUUCAAGGAUCUUAAUGAGAUGGUAGAAACUGCUAUUUGCUGCAUUUAUGUAUGCUCUGCAACUAACCAGUGGAAUACCAUGUCACCAAUUUUGUCAAAGUUACUCCAUAAGACAAAGAGAGAGAAAUCUUUGUUGGCUAGUGAAGAAGAUUUCAGUUCGAAAGAUGCUAAGCAAGCUCUUGGCACUUGUGUGGUUUCCUGUGAUGACAUGCAGCAUGUGUGUGCUGAUAUCUUGUCUCGUCUGAGUGAUAAUUCAGGGGAUUCUUAUUGCAAUGAUUCAACGGCCUACCAAUUUGAUAACAUAAAAUCCCUUGAUAUGCGGGAGAAGAUGCUAAAAGUUGCUGAAGGUCACGUAGAAGUAGGGAGGCUCUUUGCUUAUUACCAGGUACCAAAGCCAACACAUUUCUUCCUUGCUGCUCACUUAGAUGAGAAGAAUGUAAAACAGCUUAUACGUCUGAUCCUGUCAAAAUUUGGUAGACGUCAACCUGUUCGGUCGGACAAUGAGUGGGCUAACAUGUGGCGUGAUUUGAAGCUCUUCCAAGAGAAGGCAUUUCCUUUUCUUGAUUCAGAAUAUAUGCUGGCUGAAUUCAUUAGGGGGCUUCUAAAAGCUGGUAAAUUUUCACUAGCCAGGAACUAUCUUGGAGGUACUAGUGCAGUUUCUUUGUCCACAGAAAAAGCUGAAAAUCUCGUUAUCCAAGCUGCAAGGGAGUAUUUCUUCUCAGCUUCAACUUUGUCCUGCAACGAAAUUUGGAAGGCUAGGGAAUGCCUAAAUCUGUUACCAAACAGCAAAAAUGUUCAAGUGGAAACUGAUAUAAUUGAUGCUCUAACUGUCAGACUUCCUUAUCUAGGGGUGACUAUCCUCCCUGUUCAGUUCAGACAGGUAAAGGAUCCUAUGGAGAUCAUCCGUAUGGUGAUUACGAGUCAAACAGGGGCAUAUCUUCAUUUUGAAGAGAUUAUUGAUGUUGCUAAACUACUAGGAUUAAGAAGUGAAGAAGAAAUAGCUGCUGUCGAGGAGGCUAUUGCUAGAGAAGCAGUGGUAAAUGGUGACCUCCAGCUAGCCUUUGAUCUCUGUCUAAAUUUGACUAAAAAGGGUCAUGGUGAAGUCUGGGAUUUAUGUGCUGCAAUUGCAAGAGGUCCUCAGCUUGACAAUUUGGAUACAAGUACCCGCGAAAAGCUAUUGGGCUUCUCCCUCAGCCAUUGUGAUGAAGAAUCUGUAGGGGAACUAUUGAAUGCUUGGAAGGAACUUGAUGUCCAUGAUAAAUUUGAACAAUUAAUGGUAUCAACAGGAACAAACCCUCCCAAUUUCUUUGUUGAUGGCUCUACAUAUACACCUCUUCCUGUGCAAAGUGUGCAAGACAUACUUGACCUGAGAGAAGGCGUUAGCCAUGAUAGAGAGCAUGAUCAUGUGGCAAUUGCUAAAGAAACGCUAUCAAAGGUUUGCAUGGACUUCACAAAUGAUGAUACAUAUAGUCGGGAAUCUACUUUUGCAGAAAAUAGGAAACUAUUGUCCUUCUCUGCACUGGAAUUGCCAUGGCUUUUGAAGUUGUCUAAUGAUGAGGUGCAUGAUGGUAACAAACAUUCUUCGGAGACAAAUCAUCCCAUCAGGAGAUAUCGAUUUUCAACAAAAACGGAAGCAAUAAAUAGCAUCAUAUAUUGGCUAGGUGUAAAUAACCUUGCUCCCAGUGAUGAUCUAAUCAUGUUUCUUGCAAAGUCUGUAAUGGAGCCUCCCGUUGAUGAAGAUGAUUAUGUUCUUUCCUGUUCAAUUCUUCUGAAUCUCAUGGACCCUUUCAAUGGAGUGAAAAUAAUAGAGGAAGAGCUCAAAAAACGAGAAUGUUAUCAAGAGAUUAGUAGCAUAAUGAAUGUAGGAAUGACGUAUAGCUCCCUCAACAGUUUGAAGAAAGAAUGUUCUACUCCUGAACAGAGGAGAAAUCUCCUGCUUAAAAAAUUCCAUGAGAAGUUUACCUCGAUAGAUUCAGAUGAUUUAGACCAGAUUGAUAUGGCACAUGCCACUUACUGGGGAGAGUGGAAAUCAAAGUUGGAAGAUGAGAAACGAAUGGCUGAUCAAGCAAGAAUGCUGAAAAAUGUACUGCCUGAUAUAGACACGUCUCGAUUCUUAUCUGGCGAUGCUAACUAUAUAAAAAAGGCUGUUUUCUCCUUUGUUGAUUCCGUAAAGCUGGAGAGAAAACAUAUACUAAAGGAAGCAGUAAAGAUAGCUGAGAACUAUGGCUUGCAGCGAACUGAGGUGCUUUUACGAUUUUUGGGCUGUGCUCUUGUCUCUGAAUAUUGGGAUAACGAUGAUAUUCUGAAUGAAAUUUCUGAAUUCCGGGAGGAUAUUGUCAAAUCAGCUAAGGGGGUGAUUGAUAUGAUUUAUUCAGAUGUCUACCCAGAGAUCGAUGGGUAUAAUAAGCAGCGCCUCUCCUACAUCUUUGGCAUCCUUUCAGCAUGUCAUUCGUAUAUUAAGAGGACUGGUAAGAUAGAAUUGACAUACCAAGAACAUGUUCAUACACAUAAGCUUGAGCCAUUUCAGUAUUACAAGGUCCUUGAGGAAGAGUGCAAGAAAGUCUGUUUCAUCGAUGGCUUAAACUACAAAAACGUUGCUGGCCUGGAUAAUCUGAACUUUGACCAUUUCAAUGAAGAAGUAUGCAAGAAUGUCCAUUCCUCAACCGUCAGUGCUCUAGCUGAUAUGGUACAAGCUCUUGUGAGUAUGUAUGUUGAUGUACAUGCUAAGGGUCUUAUAUCACGCCAAGGUGUUUACAAGCAUUAUGUUCUUGGCAUGUUGGCAUCUUUAGAAGGCCGCAAUGAAGCACGAUCAAACAGCACAGAUUGUGAAAAGUUACAAGCAGUUCUUUGUGAAAUUGAGUUGAACUAUGAUAGUUGCAAGGAGCAUAUCCAAACUCUUCCUGCCACAGAUGUUUCAUACAUCAUUGGAAGGUAUUGCACACUAUGUUUCCCUUGCAACUUAGCAAGAAGCCAACCACAGGAACCUUCAUGGAAGGAAUCUCUCUGUAUGCUGAUAACGCUUUGGAUUAAACUUGUUGACGACAUACCAAGGCAGUCAAUUGAUGCUAGCUCAUAUGAAAGGACAGGCUACCUGGAUUCAAAUCGGUUAACUCACUGCAUGAGUGCGUUCAGACAGCUGUUAAUAAAUGAUGAGAUAACAGUGCAUCAAGGUUGGGAUGCCGUCUCCAUGUUUGUACGAGUUGGCUUUAACAGUGAGAUGAUAACGGACACAUCACACUUUUGCCGAGCUAUGAUUCUUUCUGGAUGUGCUUUCAAAACUGUAGUUGAAGUGUACCAUGGAGGACAGGAAAAUCUGGAAAGUGUGAAUGCAGACUCGAGGAAUCCUUUGGACCUCUUAGAGCUUUAUGGUGCUUCGACAGAUGACUGUUUGUCCGAUCUGGUCUCAGGCUCUUGUGAGUCUCAGGCAUUGCUUCAUAAACUACUGUCUUCAUUGAGCCAGUCAAUAGGGGAACACGCCGGUUCUCUUGAAAUGAUCCGAUCUGGUGUCUGGGGAAAGUUGAUAACCUUUUCUGAGAACAUGCAGCUAGGUAGCCAACUACGUGUAUAUGCCCUGCAACUGAUGCAGUGUAUUACAGGAAGAAAUCUCAAAAGCCUUCCAAAUGAGAUUGUUUCCCAGGUUGAGCCCUGGGAAUCAUGGUAUGAGCCUGGAACAAGUGAUUCCAUAGCUGAUGAGGGCAGUACUCCCUCUUGCAGCAUCACAGCGAGUCUAGUGGCACUCAGAUCUAAUCAGAUGAUCACUGCAGUUCUGCCAGAUGCUAGUAUCACGCCCGAAAACUUGUCGAGUCUUGACUCUGCAGUAUCUUGCUUCUUACAUUUGUCGGAACGUACUUCUUCUAUUGAGAGUGUUGCUGUUCUGGAAGCAGUGCUAGAAGAGUGGGAGCAACUGUUCUCUUCACCAAAAGAAGAAUAUGUUCAGCCUCAGGAUUCGCCAAAAGAAGCAAGUGACUGGAGUGAUGGAUGGGAUGAUGGCUGGGAGGCCCUACCAGAAGAGCUGGAGAAUCCAGCGCAAAAGCAAGAUGGUGUGUCGUCAUUAUCUGUCCAUCCUCUCCACAGUUGUUGGAUGGAGAUCAUCAGAAGACUUGUUGGGCUUGGUGAGCUCCAGAAGAUCAUUGAGCUUCUAGAUCGAGCAUCCUCAAAGCAUAGCAGGUUCCUAGAGGACGAAGAAGCACACCACUUGCUUGAACUCCUUUCCGCAGCACCGAACUGCUUCAUGGCUCUCAAAAUCAUGCUGCUGCUCCCAUACGAAGCUCCACAGCUGCAGUGCCUGCAGACGGUCGAGGCGAAAAUCAGGGAAGGAACUGCGUCCACCUCAUCGAAUGCCGACGACCAAGAGCUGCUGGCAUUGGUCCUGUCAUCCGGAGCCCUGCAUAAGAUGGCUGGAGAAGAGUGCUACUCGAAACUCUUCUCUCACACAUGCCACCUCGUCGGACAACUCGCGAGGUCGUUCCAGCGCGAUCUCUGCGCACACUGGGAAGCCGAAUCUAAGAUGAAUCAGAAGUCCUUGCUGUUUGGUAAGGUGCUGCUCCCGUGCUUCAUAUCUGAGCUGGUGCUCAAAGGGCAGCAUCUGUUGGCCGGGUUCAUCGUCUCGAGAUGGAUGCACACACCCGCAUCUCUUGGUCUGAUAGAUGUCAUCGAGCCUGGUUUGCGGCGCUACCUGGAAGGCCAGGUCUCUCAGGCUCAGGCUCAGCAGCAGGUGGGAGAGAGCGACGCCUCUUUCGCUGAAGACGAGCUGUCUAUUAGCCGCACAAUGUCCAGUCUAAGGCUGAAAUUGGUUUCUCUUUUGCAAGCGGCGUUGGUAGCCCUUCCGAGCCAAGAGCCUUAGACAAAGUCUGGUGUACAUUUUUGUUUAACUAAACGCUGCUGGACCUGUGUAACUCGAUGUAAACUGUAGCAUGGUGAAUAUUACAAAUGUUAAAAACUAGCGGUGGCAGAAUUAUGCUUUUAAGAGAAGUCAAGAGAUACUGCAAUCUUCUGUUACUCGAUUGGAA